AUGGCCUUGGCCCUGUUGAAUACGGGCCACUUGGGCCACAGUUAUGCCACAAUGAUGCCACAACGAUGCCACAACAGCGGCAAAGCAUUCGUCGUUUUCAUCGGCCGUGAGAUGAUUCCGUCAGGCUCCCAGGAGCCCGAGCCCAGCAUCGCCGCUUUUCGUGCUGCGCUGGCUGCCGCCGAGGCCGCCGGUGAGCCGGCGGCCUCGAAGGCGGCCGAGCGGGGCCUCUGGCGUUGCGCGGCGCGUGGCCAGGGGCGCAGUGCACCCAAGCACCACGGUGAGUAUGCCGGCGCCACGUCGCAGCUGGCCUCCUCAGGGACGCGGCUUGCUGGCCGUUUGCUCGAUGGCAGCGCCUUGCAAGUGCUGGCGGCCCUCACAGGCCGCGGCACCUCCGCAGCGCGGGACUUCUAUGAUGUGGGGAGCCUCAAUGCGCGCCUGGCAACAGAGCACGGCAGCCAGGGGCCCACCGGGCAGGAGUCUCCUUGGACACCCAGCGCCCGCCGGGCGCUGGCGUCGGCUUUGCCAUCGCCCGCGCCUUCCGCGGCAGCCGCAGCGCAGCUUGCUGCCUGGUACGAGGCUGACCUGGCCCUGCCGGUCAAGCGCGCGCCUUGGCAUUCAUUGCCCGCCAUGCGCCGACGGAUAUCGGUGCUGCUGCGCGACCUGCGGCAUAUCGUUUUCGGAAAAAGCGAUCUCCGAACCUUUACUCAGAUGAUGACGGCCUUGGACAAGUUGGGAACGCUGCGCAAGGUCGCCAAGGAUCCCGAGCUGAAGCCCGUGAAGCUCCAUCUUGCUUCCUGGGGAUACUGCACGGAGAAGGAUGUUGACAUCGUUGCGGCGGGCUUGAUCGAGGGCAUCUCCCUGCUUCGGCCCAACGACCUGGAGGCCCUGGGAGUGUCUGAGCCGUGGAUUUAUUGA